GCUGCAAUCAAGGUGAAUACAGCGUGUGUAAAAAGAUUGGAUUUAAAGUGUGGACAUUUUUAAAUGAAUCGCAUUAUUGAAAUGUAUAUGAUCGAUGCAGCGCCCAAUGAACUCUCUCUGUAGGAUCGAUAGAAGGCAGGGGGCAUUGGGAUACGAGCUUACUCGUAAAAGUUUGUCUCUGCCCUUUUGUUAAUAUCUGCUUUUAUGUGGGUCGCAACCAAACUAAGGUGAAAUGCUGCCUGUGUAAAUAUCUUUUCAAGGUUUGCCUGUGUUCCAAAAUCUAAGAGCUCUCGGGGGUUUCAUUUGUUGAUAUAAUACAUACUUCAAAAUAGGCCUUUUUGUGCAGAAUGAAAAUUUCACCCUUACGUUUAUUUACUGCAAGCAAUUUAAAAUUGGAUGUUUUGAUCCUGUUGAGUUCUUGUGAAUUAUGUAAUGCAUGUAAUUAUUGUGAAUUACUGUGAAUUGUUAAAACUGAUUUCGUGAGCUUGGAAUAACCCAUACGCUGUUGCCUUGGAUUGUAGUAAUUAAUGGAUUAACGAUGACAAAGGAACAAACCUUGUACACCAUACUGUAGUUAUUUUUCCUCGCAAGGAUAGAUAAUGGCUGGAUUUGUUAAGAAAUGCCCGUGUCUGAAACCGAAGAUUCAGGAGGAGAUUUACGAGUUAGACUACCGUCACUGUAACCUCACGGACGUCCCCGCUCAGGUGUUUAACUUUGAGCGGACGUUAGAGGAGUUAUAUUUAGACAACAACCAGAUUCAGGACUUACCAAGGGAGUUGUUUUGUUGCCAUGGUAUCAGGAAGCUGUGUUUAAGUAACAAUGAGGUGACCAAUAUUCCCCCGGCCAUCGGAAGUUUGAUCAACCUGGAGGAACUGGACAUCAGUAAAAAUGGUAUUAUUGACAUCCCAGAGAACAUCAACUGUUGUAAAUGUCUGAGGUCGGUCAACGCCAACGUCAACCCACUGGGAAAGUUGCCAGAGGGAUUGACACAGUUAGGGAACCUAACACAGCUCUACCUCAAUGAUACAUUCCUAGACUAUCUACCCGGAACAUUUGGGAGACUACUGAAACUGAAGGUGCUGGAGAUUCGGGAGAAUCAUCUAAAAACUCUGCCCAAGUCGUUCUCCAUGUUGACUUCCCUAGAGAGACUGGAUAUCGGACAUAAUGAAUUCACCGAGCUGCCGGAUGUGAUUGGGAAUCUGACCAGCCUGUUGGAGCUUUGGUGUGACCACAAUCAAAUCACAACUCUUACUUCUACCAUUGGAAACUUGAAGCGGUUGAUGUUUCUAGAUGCCUCUUCCAAUCAUUUACAGUCAAUUCCUUCAGAGAUAGAAGGCUGCAGCUCAUUGGGUGAUCUUCACCUGACAACCAAUAGGAUUCAGGCUCUUCCAGAAUCUUUGGGUAACUUGGAAAGUCUGACCACCCUGAAAAUUGACAACAACCAGUUGACCUCCUUACCGACCUCCAUAGGAGGACUACAGUCGCUGUCAGAACUCAAUGUCAGCUGUAAUAACCUGGAGGAACUUCCUGCCAGUCUGGGACUUCUCAGAAACCUACGCACCUUCUAUGCUGACGAGAAUGAUUUACUGUUCAUUCCUGCAGAGGUUGGGAGCUGUAAUGGGAUCACGGUCCUCUCUCUGCGGAGCAAUCACCUGGAGUACAUUCCCGAUGAGAUAGGACGAAUCCCGAGGCUUCGUGUCCUGAACCUGAGUGAUAAUCGACUGAAGUAUCUUCCCUUUACAAUUACGAAACUGAAGGACCUCCAGGCCCUCUGGCUGGCAGAGAACCAGACCUGUCCUCUAAUACCCCUACAGUCUGACCAUGACCCAGAUAAUGGUAGGAAAAUUCUGACGUGUUACCUCCUUCCUCAGUUAGGAGACGAUGACAGACCUUGUGAUUCAGGUCAGGGAGGUGAUACAGACAGUUUCCACGCCUCGAUGUGGGACGAGGAGAGAAGCAGAAGACAGACAAUUCACUUUGCUUUUCCUGAAGAAGAUGAGGAGGAGGGUACUCUGGUUAGGUGUCCAACCCCAUACCCCAAAGAUAUGAGGGAAAAAAUUCGACAUGCUCGUAACAUGGCCAUGAGACAGAAGCUGAGUGGGGGACCAGCCGACGUAAGAUGGAAUGGGGGUAGAGACAACAAAGGAUAUGAGGAGGAGACCACUGCAUUGGUUUAUGAUAACCAUGGUGAUGGUGACCUGAAUCGACAUCCCCGCCCAGCAUCACCGAUUGAUGCCCAUCGACUCUAUCAGUGUGACAAGGAAAAGCUAGCAAAAGACAAAGCCAGACUUCAGCGCCACCACUCAGAUCAAGAAUCUGAAAGAGAGGCUACUAGGUCAAGGUCACCUAUAGGGGAGGUAGCCACAGCCUACAAACCGCAGCCUGCACCCAGAAAAGGUUACACAAGCAAAGAGAAGAACAAGAGAAGCCAGCAGGAUGACGGAGGAUUUUCGGAGAAGGGACCCAUGACUUGUAUGGGGUCUAACACUGAUAUUUCUACUAUGAAGGAUCUCUCAGCACCGAACACUCCGGUGUCAAAGCGGACCCCUGCCUUCUCUUACUGCUCCCCAUCAGAACUCUCUAGUAGACUCUCACAGUUUAGUGACCCCCGGAGUCCAAAUGGAUACUCCUCCUAUAGUGCCAGUCCCUCAGGAAAAUCUCACCGCACUAGAGAUUAUGAUUCUGAUACCGGAUAUCGAAGUGAAUCCGAGUUUGUAAGACUACAAAGACAACAAAUGUACAAUCAGCAGGGCUUUGUGAGGGGAGGGUAUGAAAGUGAUAGGGAUGGUUUAACACCGCGGAAAGAACGCCAGCGAGAGGUGGGGUACUCUAGUGAUGUGGAGGGAUAUUCAGGGAGGGUUAAAAUGGCUUCAUAUCAUUCAGGACCCACACCCUUACAGCAGCAAAACUCAGGUAGUGUUCAGUACCAAAGGAAUCAAAGUAAGCCCUCCCCAAUUUACAGUUCUACUAAUCAGAACUGGACUUCCCAAAAGGUGCAGGGUGUAAGUAAUUCUGCACCUAGUGACAAAAUGUCUGACCCUAGUGCUAGGUCUCUGGAAACCUCAGGGUUCAGUGACAGCGGGUACAAUCCCCCCUCCCCUAUGUUCCAUCACAGUAAGAUUGUGGACCAGAGUACACCGGUCACUAGUGAGGCUCCCCAUGGGUUUCGGUUCACUGGCCGGUCACGGUCGGGCAGUGACAGUGGGAGUGCCAGCCAGGAGGAGCAAGGCAAGGAUUGGAGGAAAGAUUUCUAUGCAGUGAUGGAGCAGAAAAUGAACAGCUCUCAAACACACCUGAAUCAACAGGUAAAUGAGACAGCAUCCAAGGAUCAGUCACAUCAGAACAAAGCCUCACCCACUUAUACCUCAGUGUCACACAGAAAGCUUCCCCCCACCCCAAACAGAAACUCCCCCUAUGGUGUGAUGAAUUAUGACAGGAGGAAUGCAAACUCUCCUUCCAUGUACCAGCGCAUAUCUGAACUCGCUAUCACUGAAAAUGUGGUUCAAAACCAUCGGUCAGAAUCACCCUAUCAAAGACUUCCACUAUCUCGUCAAAGUCCGAAUCAACAGUUGUACAGACAGAGUGAGACUUUAUACAGACAGGAAGUGAGUAGUAGUCCACAUCAGAAGACGUACAGACAAAGUGAUACUCUGUAUACACAGGAAAUGACGCGUCAGAGUCCAAGUCAAAAGAUUUACCAAAAAAGUGAGACUUUGUACACUCAGGAAGUGACUCAGAUCCCAAACUCUAGCGGGGAGGGCUCGAUGAGUGUUCCCCCCUCUCACCCUCUAGUCCCCAGUAGUGCUAACUCAGUGUAUCCCCACGAUCAUGAUUCCUCACAGUCCUCAGGAUUCAGUAGUGACACUUCCAAAUCAAGACCUUAUAACCCCCUACCUCCCAAACUACCCCAAGUAUCUAGUGACCGACCUCAAGGUGAAAGGUCAAGGACACCUGUGUUUGUUAACUGUGAGGAGGAGAGGGGGGAUUCCCCACGGGAGUCUGGAUACAGUAGUCGUGAACACAGCAGCCACAGGAAUUCCCCUUGUGACACAAUCUUCCCCCAGGGACAGUACACGGAGCAGGGAGAGGAUUAUAAAAAUCCCGGAUCCUCAUGUGAAGACAUUGCUUCCUACAAACACAACCUACAGAUGUCUCAGGCUCGAGUGCCCCGGCUCGUGGAGAACAGUCCACGUGUAUACAAGGACAUGUCCACCAAAUACUCAGGAUUCACUAUGCCCCCUCCCAGUAGACCCCCACCCUCUCCAUACAGCAGUCAGCUUCCAGUCUCCUCUGAUCAUUAUCCCCAUAAUUCAAUUCAUCAGUCCCAUAAUUCCACACCAUAUCACCAAGGCAACCAUUCUAUGGCAAGGGAGACAACUUCAGAUCAUCCUCCACAGUUACAGCAAGGACCACCUCUACAUCAGGAGAGAAGUGUGUCACACCAGAUUUCCUCAGUAAAUCAUCGUCAUAGUAACCACUAUUACUCGGGUGACAAUGGUGUAUCUAUGACAGCAGGGAAUAUCCAGCCAACAUACACCAUACCAAAAGGGGGAUCUGUUCCUCAGGUAAAAAGCCAGAACUUCACUGCAGUGAAUCCUGUGGAACCAAAUCUACAGACUCCAUGCAUCCUGGGAACAAUCUGACAUGGUUCACUGAAUCAUAAGGUCUAACCUUUAACCUUUUCACACAGAGAGAUGUAAAAGUAAUUCCAGCUUUUCCACACUGUAAGGCUAUCUGACUGUAAGACCGUCUCUGUAUACUGACAAGGCUGUUUCUACUGUUACAGUCUUUGGACCACAACCAAUAGAUUUAUUGUAAAAUUCACACAGAGACGUGUUUUCCCCAUUGAAUAGAACUGUUGGGGAUUUUAUAUAAUAUUUUGUCUUGUUAAGAUUUUGUUGAAGCUCAAAGCAAUUUUUGAAUUGUCUUUUGAUCAAUUUUAUAUUUGAAUACCCUUGUACUGAUUAUUAGAUCCUAUACACUUGAUGAAAUGCAGAACAUUCUAUAAUAUCUAUGAUCUGACUCUCCUCUAAGCAUUAAUAUUUUCAAUGAAUCUCCUUUUGUAUGCUGAACAGUCAGUUUGUGCCUCGAUCUGGUGACUCCAUGGUAUCCUGUGAUAUUUAUAAAAUCUAAUAAUACCGUCCAAUCAUAUUUGUUGACAAUAACACCAUAAUCAUGCUUGUAUUUUAUUGUCUUAGGAAAAUCGCAUGUAUUUAUGUAUCAGUUAUUUCAUGACAUUGCCUCCUAUGUUAAAUAAGGAAUGUUCUUCACCAUUUGUUUGGUAACCUGUAAAAAUUUUGAAACUUUUCAAUAUUUUGUUGGUAGAAUGACCAUAUUUCUGCAAAAUAAUUGAGGUUUCUAAAUUUUUUUUCUUAGAAAACUUUGUGUGUAUAUUAUUCUCAUGUACAUUGAGGCUUUAAUUUGUUCUGAGAAGAUCUAGAUAUAAUGCACAUUUGAAAAAUAAUUCCCUAUUUUAAAUGGCAACAGCAACAAAAAUUUGGAUAUUAACUGAAGGUGCUUUUCCCAUUUCCAUCAUCCCUUAGUAAUCAUUUUUCUGGAUUUUCAGUCUUCCAAAUUUCAGUGUCAUUUUUUUAUUCCUCUAUCAAUUUUUAAAAAAAAUAUAUUAUGACAUUGUCAUAUUUAUUGUAAAUACAAAUAUAAGCAUAUAAGUCAUUUAAAAUGAAUAACUUUACUUGGACAGAACAUAGGAUUUCUGUUUUGAUAAAAAAUAGCUUUAUGGUGGGAUUUAAAGAAAAAUUUAUCAAUUUGUGCAUUAUUUUCAUUUAUGUUUAAUUGAUUUCAUUGAUAAUAAGUACUACUCAAAGGCAGCAUCCUGUAUAGUACACAGGUGAUGUAGAUCUGAAAUCCAUUGUGUAAAUAUUUAUAUACAUGUAUAUUUCAUCUUUGUAGUUUGUUAUUUAUUAAAAUAUUUAUUAAAAAACAACAUUAAGAUAUGAUAUGUACAUUCAGAAACAAGAAACACUGAUAUAUUUUACAAUAAAUUUAUG